AUGGCCACAAAUGGGGUCUAUAUUGUUAUGGGAGAGGCGAAUUGCGUCGUCGCACUUCUCAAUAAAGCCAGAAGGUUAGUUUCAAGUUAAAAUCAUAUCUGAAAAUGAGAAAUGAAUAAGUGAAUAAUUUCAGACAAUAUCAAUUGUCACAUCAAGCACCAAUGAUGGAAGAUACAGAUCCUUUAUUGAGAAAUUUCACUGAUUUGAAAGAAGUGUUGAAUGAAGUUGCAGAUUUGGCUGACAUGAAUCCAUUCACAUAUUUAUCACCAUUUUUGGAUGUAAUUAAAGCACAUAAUACAAAUGGUCCGAUUACAGAAGCAGCUCUUGCAGCUGUUGCGAAAUUCUUGAAUUAUGGAUUAAUCGAUGCCAACAGGUUUGUUUUUUUUUAAUUUGAAUGGGAAAUAUGGAAAAAAUGAGGAAUUCGAAUUUUUCUACAAAUUAAUAAUAUUUUCAAAUACACGCGAAAGAAAGACGUUUUCAGAGCACGUUAAAAAUUUCAAAAGAGCAUUUCUAAAUUUAAAAAUAGUGGCAAAGUGUGUGAUCCUAUUUUUGGUAAAUAAUUUCUAAUCUGCAAUUGAAUUUUCAGCCUGAAAGCUUCGAAUGCAGUUGAAUCGAUUGCAUAUGCUGUUGUUCAUACGAAAUUCAUUGGAGGAAAAAGUACUGGAAGUGAUGAAUGUGUUCUAUUCAAAAUCCUGCAGGUUCGUCGCUUCAAAUCUAGAUAUGUUUCUAAUAAUUUUAUUUUCAGGUUCUCCGCUCUCUGCUUUUAUCUCCUCCAGGUAUUUUAUUAUCAAAUGAGGCGGUUUGUGAUAUGGUUCAAUCAUGUUUCCGAAUAGUUUUUCGAGCAAAACUUAUCACUUUUAUUGAGAAAAGCUGCUGAAUCAAUUUUGGCUGAUAUGACACAAUUGAUAUUUACAAGAUUGCCAACAUUUGUUGAAGAUACAAGACAUCCGUAUAUUCGACAAUUAGUGAAUACAAAUGAGAAAAGACAAAAGAGAAAGAAGAAACGACAUAUUUCAAUUCAAAAAGAAACUGCAGACACAACAGUUACGGAGAAAACAGAGUUAUUGGGAACAGAACAAUCAACUCCAACUGAAGCAGAAUUGGGAUAUGAUGUUGUUCUAACUACAGAUCCAAUUGUUGAUUCUGUUACAGUUCCUGAUCAAAUUCCAAAAUCAAUUGUAUCUGAAGGAGAUGAAGCUGAUAGUGAAAGUGAUGGAGAUGUAAAAGAAACAGCACCAAGAAGUGGAGGAAUUCAAAGGGAAAUAUUAUCAGAAGAGGAUGAAGAUGAUGAGGGAAAAAUAUCAAAUGAGGAAAAAUUACCAUAUGGAUUGCCUUGUUGUCGAGAACUUCUUCGAUUUUUAAUUGCAAUGAUUAAUCCAUUAGAUCGACAUAAUACUGAAUCAAUGGUUGUAAUUGGUCUCAAUUUAUUGAUUGUUGCAUUAGAAGCUGUUGCUGAUCAUCUUCCAAAUUAUGAUUUUUUGAUGCCAUUAAUCAAAGAUAAUCUUUGUCGAUCACUUCUUCAAUUAUUAGACACUGAAAAAUUGCCAGUUUUAGCAGCAACAAAUCGAUGUUGUUUUCUAUUAUUCGAAUCAAUGAGAUUGCACUUAAAAUUCCAAUUAGAAUCAUAUUUGAAGAAACUUCAAAGCAUUGUUUUGGCUGAAAAACUUCCAUCAAAUUCUGGAACUGAACAAGAAGAAAUGGCACUGGAAUCACUUGUUCAACUAUGGAGAAUUCCUGGAUUGGUGACUGAAAUGUAUUUGAAUUUCGAUUGUGAUUUGUAUUGUUCGAAUAUUUUCGAGGAUUUGACAAAACUUCUUGUUGAGAAUUCAUUUCCAAGUUUGGGUGGACAUACAGCUUCACUUUUAUCGUUGGAUGCACUUCUUGUUGUUAUUGAAACUAUUGAACAUAAUUGUGAAGAUCGAGAAAAUGGAAGAGAUUUUGCAAAUGCUGCAGAAAUCAAAGAGUGAGUUAGGGAUUUGAAAAAGAGGAUUUUUAGAAUUUGGGAAAAUUUUGAAGAAUUUUAUAGAAAAAGUACAGAAAUUUUUUUUGACAAAACUGAGAUUUUCUGAAUAUAUUUGUUAUUAGGAAAAUCAAGAUUUUGAAUAAUUAUCUGUUUUUCCUACUCGGACUGAAUUCAGAAGUUUUAAUUUCAAACAUUUAUGCCUUUUUCUAAAAAAAAUAUUUUCAGCUCGAAAAAGCUCGGUCUGCCAGUUUUGAGUGGAUAUGAUAUUGGAAAACGAAUGACUUCAACAUCAGAAGAAUCAUCAAAUAUUCUCGGAAAAGCUAUAGAAAAUACAGUACUUUUGCGAUCAAAUCGUCAUAUUCCUUCAAAUAAUCUUCCUUCGAUGUCUGAAAUUAUCGAUCAGAAAAAGAGAAAACGAAUAAUUGCAGAAGGAACUGAAUUAUUUAAUCAAAGCCCGAAAAAAGGAAUUGAAUUUUUGCGUGAAAAAGGAAUACUUGGACACGAUGCUCAAUCACUUGUUCAAUGGCUUCGAACAAAUCCACAUUUGGAUAAAAAAUCAAUUGCUGAUUAUAUUUGUAGUCGAAAAAAUGCGGAAGUUCUUGAAAUGUUUGUAAAAUCAUUUCCAUUCAGUGGAAAUCGUUUGGAUGUUUCGCUUCGAAUGUUUUUGGAAACAUUCCGAUUGCCUGGAGAAGCUGCUGAAAUUAGUAUGGUUAUGCAACAUUUUUCGGAUGAAUGGUAUCGAGCAAAUGGUGAACCUUUUAAUCAUGUUGAUGCUGCAUUUACAUUAUCAUAUGCUAUUAUUAUGCUCAAUACUGAUCAACAUAAUCCAACUGUAAGUGUUAUUUUUGUCUGGGAAACUACGUUUUUCGAAAAAUUAUCAUUAUAAUUUUCUUGCGGCUUUCAAAAAAUCCCGCAAAAAUAUCUGCAACAUUUUUUUCAGGCGAAACGUAGUCAACCUCCAAUGACAGUCGAUUGUUUCAAAAGAAACCUUUCCGGAACAAAUGGUGGACAAGAUUUUGAUCCUGAAAUGCUCAGUCAAAUGUAUAAUGCAAUCAAAUCUGUCGAAAUUGUAAUGCCAGCUGAACAAAAAGGAGCUGUAAAAGAGGAUUAUAUGUGGAAAGUAUUAUUGAGAAGAGGAGAAACUGAUGAAGGAACAUUUUAUCAUGCACCAAAUGGUUGGAAUGAUCAUGAUUUAUUUGCUGUUUGUUGGGGACCUGCAGUUGCUGCUUUGAGUUAUGUAUUUGACAAAUCGGAUAAUGAACAAAUUCUACAGGUUUGUGUUUUUUUUUAUUUGAAAUAAUUCAAAGAAUAUUUAGUAGACAUAAUAAUUCAUAUUUUCAAUAUUUCGCAAAUUUUCAAAGCUAAAUUCCACCUCUCCAUUUAAAAGAAAAUCUGGAAUUUUUUCUAUGUGACUUUUCAAUAAAAAGUUUUAGAUUUUUGAGUUUUUGGCGUUCCUAGCACAUUGCUUGAUUAUUUCAGAAAGCUCUAACUGGUUAUCGAAAAUGUGCAAAAAUAGCAGCAUAUUAUGGAAUGAAAGAAGUGUUCGAUAAUCUAUGUAUUCAUCUUUGUAAAUUCACAACUUUGACAUCAAUGAGAGAAGGAAAUGGAGAAGAUAAUCUCGAAAUAUCAAGACAAAGAAGUAUGGUUGAUGUGAAUAAUGCUGGAUUAAUUGCAUCGCCUGAAAGUAUUGCACUUGGUUUUGGUGAAAAUCACAAGGCUCAACUUGCUGUUCGAACUUUGUUCUAUUUGGUUCAUGAAAAUGGAAAUAUUUUGAGAGAAGGAUGGAGAAAUUUGAUUGAGGUUUUGUUGCAAUUAUUCCGUGCUCGAUUAUUGCCAUCAGAUUUGGUUGAAGUUGAAGAUUAUGUUGAUGAAAAAGGAUGGGUUUCGAUUCAAAGAAUUCAUCAAAAGUGAGUAGAGGGGGUAGACCAGGGAUGGGGAAAAUGUCAUGGCCUCAUGUUGUCCUGUCCUUGAAUAUGGCCUAAACUUGUCCUGGCUCGAACAUGGCUUGAACAUGUCCUAAAGCCAUAUGCCCAACCUGUCCUCGCGUGAAGAAAAAUUAACAGAGAAAUUUUUUUUUCUGCAUAAAAAAAAAUAAAAAUGCGAUCCCCUUUUUUUCGGCGUGUUUUUUCUCGGCUAAAAAAAAGAACCUGUCCAGGACAGGACAGGUAACCAGGUUUACACGUGGACCUGUCAUGGCUUAUGUUCUUACCACCAAAGCCAACAUGAGGCCAACGUGAGGCCAGUUUCCCCACCCCUGGGGUAGACAAAAAUAGGGAAUUAUUUUUUGAUGACGAACAUCCAAAUUAUAAACCCCUUCUUCUUCUUUCUGUUUUUCAACAACAAUUUUUCUGCAGAGAAAUGCAUACAACACGAAGUGAUACGGGAUUAUUAUCUUGGUUUGGACUUGGCGGUGGAACUGGUGAAACAGAUCGUCGAAAACCAACACAAGAACAAUUGAGUGCAAUGAAAUUGGCAUCUACAGUAAUUGCUGAAUGUAAACCAUCACAAAUAUUGAUUGAUUCGAAAUAUUUGACAAAUACUGCAUUGGCUGAAUUAUUAUCAGCAUUAGCUGCGAAUAGUUUAUUAAUUGUUGAUCAAGCUGAACAAUCACAACAAAAGGUAGAUAUUUUUUCUUUCAAAAUUACUAGAAAUCAGAAUUUCCCCCACUAUUUUUUCCCAAUUUUCAAUCAAUUUCAGAACGCAAGUUUGAGUGGAGAAGAUGAAGAUUCAAUGGUAUUUUAUUUGGAAUUAAUGAUAUCGAUUACAUUAGAAAACAAAGAUCGUCUAUCUCUAGUUUGGCCACAUGUUCGUCGACAUCUUGAAUGGCUUCUGUCAUCUCGUUUUGGCAGAUGUCCAGUUCUUGUUGAACGAGCUGUUGUUGGUCUUUUACGAGUUGCAAAUCGUAAUUUAUUCCGAGAUAAUACAGUUGCUGAUGAUGUUCUUCAUUCUCUUUCAAUGUUAUUACGACUUUCACCAAAAGCACUUUUUGUAUUCAGUCGACAAAUUGCAUUUGGAUUGUAUGAAUUGAUUCGAGCAAAUGCAGCAAAUGUGCAUAAAAAAGAGCAUUGGGCUGUGCUUUUUGCACUUCUCGAAGCUGCUGGAGCUGCUGUUUUACCUGAUGAUUAUACUCCGAAUAUUCAGACGAAUGAGAGAAAUGCUUUUUCGGAUGUUGAACAAUCGGAAAAAAUUGGAGUUGAGAAUCGAGGAUAUACUUCGGAAGGAGAGGAAAGAAAGAAACCAGCUUAUGGUAAGUUCAGAAUUUUGGUUUUGAGAGAAUUUUUUGUUGAUAAAUUUGGGAUCAUUUUUGGUUAAAAGGUUAGAGGUUCGAAAGUUCUUUUUUUUUUAAAUUUUCUAUUGAAAUUUAAUCAAAAAUUCGAACUUCUUCGGAAAUCUUUCCAGCCAAAAUCUUAAAACUUUCAGAUUCGACAUCCGAUCUUGGAAGUCGCAACUCGUUAUUAGGGGAUCGAAAAACACAAGCAGACUGGAUUCAUUUGGAUCAUAAAGAUGCUGCAAAAGCCACUGAAGAAGCAUUGAGAGCACUUGGAGCAAAAACAAAAACAUUCAAUCGAGGAAGUCUUGUUUUGAGAACUGGAUUAGGUCGACACGAACCAGCUGCAUUUUUGAAAGUUUGUGAAUGUUUGGCAUUUUUAUUGAGAGAUGCUGUACACGUGACACCGGAUAAUUUUGAAAGUAGUUUGCAAUGUGUUCGAACUAUGGUUGAAGCAAGUUUGGAUGGUGGAUGUUAUGCAGCGGGACCAUUGAGUGGAGAUGCACAGAAUCGAUUGAGAAGUUCAGUAACUGCUGAGAAAAGUGCGAAGAAACAUCAUCAUCAUACGAAAACUGUUGGAAAGAGGGAUUUAUCAACUGAUGUGACAGCUGAAGUUGAUGAAAGUCGAAAUGAAGAACAACAAUUAUCUGCAAAUUAUCAACAAAUGUCACUUCAUCUUCUCGAUUUAUGCUCACAAUUACAUUCAAAAGCACCAGCUAUUUUUGCACAAUGGGCUCAAGAAAAUCCAUCAUAUUCUUCUGUCGCUUUUGUUUGGUCUGAAAUUUGGCGACCACUUCUUCAAGCAAUGGCUCGAUUGAGCUGUGAUUGUCGAAGGAAUGUUCGAGCAUCUGCUUUGACUAAUUUGCAAAGAGCAUUUUUGCCGGCAAAUAUGGCGAAUCUUGGCGCAGCUGAAUGGGAAUCAUGUUUUGGAGAGGUUUUAUUCCCACUUUUGACGAAAUUAUUGGAACCAUUCUCACAAAUGGAUCCAAUUGGAAUGGAAGAUUCGAGAGUUCGAACAAUUCAAAUUGUUGCCAAAACACUUCUCAAUCAUUUAUCUGCUCUUUCUGCUCUUCCUUCUUUCCCAACACUUUGGCUUCGACUUUUGGAUUAUAUGGAACAAUAUUUGAGAGUUGAUAGUUGCGGUAAUUUGAAUGAAGCUGUGCCAGAAUCGCUCAAAAAUAUGUUGUUGGUUAUGGAUAACACUCAAUUAUUUGCAAUGAUUCCUGGUUUAUAUGAAAUGACUGUGGAAAGAUUGAAAGGAACUAUGCCGCAAUUGAUAAGAGAUACAAUUCCGAAUCCACCAACUGAAGUUGUUGAAACGAAAUUGGCCAAAGUUCAAAUUGCACCGCCUGUUCCUUCUGCUUCUGAAACUGAAGUCACAACUGCUGUUAGUGACACACAAGUAUCGUCAGUUCCAUCUACAGUUCCAGUUCCAAUUCCAAUUGUUCCAUUGACUGAAGUUGUUGUACAUUCUGGACCGACAUCUCCGAUUGGAUCGCCGCCAACAACAAGUCCACAACAUCAAUAUCAACAGCAAAAUCAAUAUCAGCAACCAUCACAACAGCAGCAACAUCAACAGGUUUAUGUGAGUUUUUUUUUAAUUGAAAAUUUUGAGUGGUCAGAAAAAACACCAACAUUUUCGUUUCAUUGCUUUUUUUCAGCUCCUGAAUUUUCAGAUCAAAUAAAAACUUUCGUAAAUUUUUGGAAAAGUGAUUAUGAGUUUAGUAGUUUUCCUUGAAAAUUGAAAUUCCGUUGAAUUAUUUGAAAAUAAGCCACAUUUUGAAGUCUCUGAAUCAGAAAAAAAUCUGCAUUUUUUCUCGUCAAAAUACAAAAUCCUUAUUUUUCAGUCUCCGGAAUAUUAUCAGCAUUACAACAUUGAUCCAAAUCAGCAACAAUAUCAUCAGCCGCAGCAACAGUAUGCUUAUUCGCCUGAAUCUCAAGCAUAUUAUCAGCAGCAGCAACAACAAUACGCUCAACAUUAUGCUGCAGCUGCUCCGGAACAUUAUGGUAGGUUUUUUGAGAAUAAAAAAAUGGGAAAAGGAAGAUUUUGCAUUUUUCCACUGAACGUUUGAUAACACUGAGAGGAACAUUGGAUUUGAAGAGACAGUAUAACAAUUUAAUCCCAACGUUUAUAUUUUCAAGAAAAAAAUUCGACAUAAAUUUGGAAUUGAAAAAAAUAUUCGGAUUUUUUCAGAAAGGGUUUUAUUCAUUUAUAUUUCCAGCGCAAUAUCAACAAUAUCAAGCACAUCUUGCGCAACAACAACAUCAGCAACAAAUUGGUCCAUCAGUUCAUGGUCAAUAUUCGGUCGCAAAUCCAUUGCCACUUCCAACAAAUCCAAUUGUAACACCAUCAGUAAAUAGUGCAUUUACACAGGUUUAUUCAACGGGAAGUCAGAAUGUGAGUUUUUUUUUUUAAUUUUGGAAAUGUGGUUUUCGUUGUUAAGAUGAAAUUUUUAAUCUUGAAAUAUGUAGUGGAAAAAUUGGAAGUAUCUCCUUUCAUUCGGCUCAAAAAGGUAACAAAAAUGACUAUUUUUCAAUUAUGAGAAAUUUGGUCGAAAUUUCAAUUAGAACUUCGACUGCAAAUGAAAAAGUGACAAUUCUCUGAUUUUUCAGGAAUUUGAGGAAAAUUCCGUAAAUAUUAUUUUUAAAAUGAUUUUCUUUUUUUUUUUGAAACAAAUUUCAGUUCUUUUUCAAAAAAUGAAUGUUUUUUAAUUAUGAAUUAUUUUCAAAUAAGAGGAAAUUCGAAAGUGACAUACUUCGCCUAAUUUGAUUUAUUAUUCCAAAGUUACCUUCUCAAAUCCAAAUUCUUCUAUUGUUCAGAUUCCUGCUCCUCCACCAACAACAUCACAAGAAUCACCCUAUUUCACACCAAUUCCUUAUAAUCCGUCGAGCCCAUCUUCUUCAUCACAACAGUGA